AUGAAACCCAUGACUCAUUCCCUCUCCUUCCUCCUCCUCCUUCUCCCCCUCGCCACCGUCCACGGCGGAGGGCACGACUACCGAGACGCAUUGUCGAAAUGCAUACUCUUCUUCGAGGGCCAGAGGUCGGGGGUCUUGCCUCAGGACCAACGCCAGUCUUGGCGCGCUAAUUCCGGCUUGAGUGACGGUUGGACUUACAACACUGACCUCACCGGCGGUUACUACGACGCCGGAGACAACGUUAAGUUCGGGUUUCCGAUGGCGUUCACAACCACAAUGCUGGCGUGGAGUGUAAUCGAGUUUGGGGAGUUCAUGCCUCCUAAUGAGCUGAGGAAUGCGAUGGUUGCCAUUCGUUGGGGGACGGAUUAUCUCCUCAAAACGGUGUCGCAGCAACCCAAUCGGAUUUUUGUGCAAGUUGGGGAUCCAAUUACAGACCACAAUUGCUGGGAAAGGCCGGAAGACAUGGACACAGCCAGGACUGUAUAUGCUAUUGACUCGCCAAAUCCGGCUUCUGAUGUCGCCGGUGAGACAGCCGCGGCGCUUGCAGCUUCUUCAAUGGCGUUCCGAUCCUCUGACCCUGGUUACGCGGACACAUUGUUGCGAAAUGCCAUGAAAGCCUUUGAGUUUGCUGAUACUUACAGGGGAGCUUAUAGUGACAAUGCCAAUGUUAGAGAUGGUGUCUGCCCAUUUUACUGUGAUUUCGAUGGUUACCAAGACGAAUUGCUAUGGAGUGCAGCCUGGCUGAGGAGAGUCACUCAGGAUGGUGGUUACCUUGACUACAUACAAAACAAUGGAAAAACUCUUGGUGCAGAGGACAAUAUAAACGAAUUCGGUUGGGAUAACAAGCAUGCUGGCCUCAAUGUUCUAGUCUCCAAGGAAGUCCUAGAAGGCAGCAUGUACAACCUUGAAUCCUACAAAUCAUCGGCCGAUAGCUUCAUGUGCACGUUAAUACCGGAGUCAUCAUCCUCCCACAUCGAGUACACUCCAGCUGGUCUCAUCUACAAGCCAGGAGGCAGCAAUCUGCAACAUGUAACUUCCAUUUCAUUCCUGCUACUCGUUUACGCAAAUUACCUUGCACGAACCUCGCAGUCCCUCAACUGUGGGAACAUAGAUGUCAGUCCAACAGCGCUUCGCGCAAUCGCCAAAAAGCAGGUUGAUUACAUUUUGGGUGAUAAUCCAAUGGGGUUGUCAUACAUGGUUGGAUACAGCGACCAUUAUCCGCAGCGAAUUCACCACCGUGGCUCUUCUUUACCAUCAAUCAAGGACCAUCCUCAACCCAUUGCUUGCAAAGAAGGCUCAGUGUAUUUCAAUUCUUCAAACCCUAACCCUAAUGUCCUGGUGGGAGCCCUAGUAGGAGGACCUGGAGAAGAUGAUGUCUAUGACGAUGAUCGCGCUGAUUUUAGGAAAUCCGAACCAACCACAUACAUUAAUGCACCAUUUAUUGGUGUUUUGGCAUACUUUGUGGCUAAUCCCAAUCCAAACUAGCUAGCAGAAAUUGAUACUGGUCAAACACAGAUCAAUUUUGUAAAUAAAAACCACAUCAUGAUUUGAAACAUAGGUAAAGAAAACGAUCGAAUGUCUCUCAUCUUGAAAGUCGAGUGAAGAGGCAUGUUAUUGAGGGUUCCAUACUGCAUGUUAUAGGUU